GUGAAGGUCGUGAAAAUUUGACCAAACCACACACUCUCUCCACACAGCAAGAACAACACAGCUCACAAAUCCUCUCUCUCUCUCUCUUCUGGGUUCCACAUUCAAGAUGGUUGAAAACGCUUCAAGAAGCAACCUUGGUUUCCACCAAGAUUUUGGCAUGGAGGAGCACCGCAUUGAUGCCGUUCUUCCAAAACUUGAUUCCAAGUCAUACGACGAUGAUGGCCAUGUUAAGCGAACAGGAAACAUCUGGACAACAAGCUCGCACAUAAUAACUGCAGUAGUGGGUUCUGGGGUGCUAUCCCUAGCAUGGGCCAUGGCCCAAAUGGGUUGGAUUGCUGGGCCUUUGACGAUGGUGUUCUUCAGUUUGAUAACUUUGUAUACAUCAGCUCUUCUUGCUGAUUGCUAUCGCUCUGGAGACCCCAUUUCUGGGAAGAGAAACUACACUUUCAUGGAAGCAGUUCAAAACAUUCUCGGUGGAUACUAUUCUACGUUUUGUGGGUUAUUUCAGUACUCAAAUCUUUAUGGCACUGCCAUAGGAUACACAAUUGGGGCCGCCAUAAGCAUGAUGGCGAUAAAGAGGUCAAAUUGUUUCCAUUCCUCAGGCGGGAAAAACCCGUGUCACGUGCCAAGCAACCCAUAUAUCAUCAGCUUUGGCAUAAUACAAAUUUUAUUUUCUCAAAUUCCAGAUUUUCAUAAAACAUGGUGGCUCUCAAUACUUGCAGCAAUCAUGUCUUUCACUUACUCAAUAAUUGGCCUCGCUCUCGGAAUUGCCAAAGUUGCAGAAACGGGUUCUUUCAAAGGUACUCUCACAGGUGUAAGCAUUGGAACUGUGACAGAAACCCAAAAAGUAUGGGGGGUUUUCCAAGCUCUUGGUAACAUAGCCUUCGCCUAUUCAUAUUCUCAAAUUCUCAUUGAAAUUCAGGACACCAUAAAAUCUCCACCAUCUGAAUCAGAGACGAUGAAGAAGGCUGCAAAGGUAAGCAUUGGAGUGACCACAACGUUUUAUAUGCUUUGUGGCUUCAUGGGCUAUGCUGCUUUUGGAGACGCAGCACCUGGGAACCUGCUUACUGGAUUUGGUUUUUAUAACCCAUAUUGGCUUAUAGACAUUGCUAAUGCUGCUAUCGUAAUUCACCUUGUGGGAGCAUACCAAGUCUAUGCCCAGCCCCUCUUUGCCUACGUUGAACAAAAGGCCGCAAAAAGAUGGCCCAUAGUUGAGAUGGAACACAAAAUUCAGAUUCCUGGUUUUGGUUCUUACAAUCUAAACCCAUUUAGAUUGGUUUGGAGAACAUUGUUCGUUAUCAAAACCACUGUUAUAGCAAUGUUGAUUCCAUUCUUCAAUGACGUAUUGGGAUUACUUGGAGCACUGGGGUUUUGGCCUUUAACUGUUUUUUUCCCGGUGCAGAUGAGUAUCUCACAGAAGAGGAUCCCAAAGUGGAGUACGACGUGGAUUUGUAUGCAAAUUCUUAGUGUUGUCUGCUUCAUAGUAUCACUUGUGUCUGCUGUAGGCUCAGUCGCUAGUAUCGUGAUUGACCUACAAAAAUACAAACCGUUCAGCGUAGAUUAUUAAACCCUAUCCACUGCCUCUGCGAGUUUUGAAAAAACUGCUGCGUGCAGUGAUGGUAGGAAUGGAAUGGUAGUAGUUUCUUGUAUCGUUUAGUUUAUUUAGCAUAUAGGUACUGAAUGCUAUCUCAAUAUCAUCUCGUCAGCUAAAUGCAUCGAGUUUAAUAAACAUUAGUUAUUAUCCUCAAUCGGCACGAAUAUGUUUUUGGGC